ACAGUCUCUGAAAACUUUUGUGGAAUAAAAUAUUAAUACAAAAUUGGCAAACAGCGCAAAAGGUUGGAUAGUAAAAAUGCAAAUUGUCUGCAUAUUGGGCAAGAAAGUAGUUCUCAUUUGUGUGCUUCUGGGGAUCUUAACCACAGUUCAGAGCCAGCUUUUUGCUUCGACGGGUCCCAAGAAGUGCCAUGAUGUGUGUCCUAUGGGCUACCGAGUGGUAUGUGCCCUAGACGUCCUAGAUGGUUGUCUACGCAGCUUCGCCAGCAGUUGCGUUAUGAGAAUGUACAACUGCAAGUAUCAGAAGGAUUAUCGGAUAGUAGCAGAAAGAGCCUGCGAAUUUAUAACCAAUGACGAGCUGCAAAGGCUGAAAAUCUAGCGUCUAUUUUCGUAAGCGGUCAGGUAACGAAAUGUGUCGCCAGAGGGAGCCAGUUGUAUACGGCGCACGCGUCGUAUACGCGAUGUAAGAACUAAGGAACCGCGUGUGGAUGCGAACGGGCAGGAUAUAUACCAGCAGCCACUAAUGCUGUAUUUAUGUGUAACUCUCAACUCUCUAGGCACGCGUCACGUCACCUCCGCAAACGAAAAUCGCCAAUUUUCCUCUGUUAUUUUCCCAGAAAAUCCAUCCUUUUUGUACGACAUUGUUAAUGUUUUAAGCCGAAAAAAUAAAUCAGCAAAAAUUUUAGUAUAGUAGUGAUAAAAGAGUAA